UUGGAAGGUCUGUCCAGAAAUUGUCUAAUAAUAGAUUAUCAAUUAUGAUCAUCAUUUUGAUUCAUGUUUUGAGGUUGCUGGGUAUCUGCAUGUGUGUAAACAGUGAGAAGGCAGCACCACCACCACCAUUAAUUGUCCAUUCACUACCAGCGCCAUCAAGUGCAUUACCAUCGCCAUGUUCACCAUUAAUUGCCCCACCACCACCACCACCACUACGACGAUCAAUUGCACCACCACCGCAACGUUCACCAUUAAUUGCCCCACCACCACCACCACCACUACGACGAUCAAUUGCACCACCACCGCAACGUUCACCAUUAAUUGCCCCAACACCACCACCGCGAUCAAUUGCACCACCACCGCCAUCAAUUACACCCCAACCACCAUCAAGUGCACUACCACCUCCAUGUUCACCAUUAAUUGCCCCAACACCACCAGUGCGAUCAAUUGCACCACCACCGCUAUGUUCACCAUUAAUUGCCUCAACACCACCAGUGCCAUCAAUUGCACCACCACCACCAUGUUCACCAUUAAUUGCCCCAACACCACCAGUGCCAUCAAUUGCACCACCACCACCAUGUUCACCAUUAAUUGCCCCAACACCACCAGUGCCAUCAAUUGCACCACCACCGCCAUCAAUUGGACCACCACCGCCAUCAAGUGCACUACCACCCCCAUGUUCACCAUUAAUUGCCCCAACACCACUAGUGCCAUCAAUUGCACCACCACUGCCUUCAAUUGGACCACCACCGCGACUUCCAUCAAUUGCACCACCAGCGCCAUCAAUUGCACCACCACUGCCGUCAAUUGCAGCACCACCGCCGUCAAUUGCAGGACCACCGCCGUCAAUUUCACCAUCAACACCGUUAAUUGCAGUACCGACGCCAUCAAUUGCAACACCACCGCCGUCAAUUGUACCACCACCGCCGUCAAUUGCAGCACCACCGCCGUCAAUUGCAGCACCACCGCCAUCAAUUGGAGCACCACCGCCAUCAAUUGCAGCACCACCGCCAUCAAUUGGAGCACCACCUCCAUCAAUUGGAGCACCACCGCCAUCAAUUGGAGCACCACCGCCAUCAAUUGCAACACCACCGCCAUCAAUUGCACCACCACCGCCAUCAAUUGCACCACGACCACGGCUUCCAUUAACAAUUGCCCCAUCACCAACAGCACCAUCAAUUGCAACGUCACCGCUUAUUACACGAUCAUCACUGCAACUACCACGACCACCACCACCAGUGAUUUCAAAUCAUGUUUCAGAUGUGUGGCGAACACUGGAUGUGAGGGCGAUGCUUCUUUUGAGCCUGCUCUUACAACUCGCUCUCUUUGUCUUGGGUAAGCGUAGAAAGCACAGUGUUAGCCUUAUCAACAAAUUGAUUCUCUGGUUAGCCUACCAAGGCAAAGAUUUGAUCAGCAUUGCUGCUCUUGGUAAGCUUUCUAAUUCAGGAGUGAGCAUUGAUGCUCGUGGCAAGCUUUCUAAUUCCAAAGUAGAUUGGGUCAACAUGAUUGCUCUUCACAAACCAACCAAUCCACUUAAGCCUCCUCCUUGGAACAAACGACAGCCUACGCAAUCUAAUUGCCAAGAAGACAAUUAUGCCUCAAAUCAAAUCUCUAAUAUUUUUACUUCACUAUGGACUCCAUUACUUACACUUAACCUCGGUGGCCCUGACACCAUCACUGCCUAUUCUUUUCAAGAUAUCCAGCUCUGGUCCAGACAUCUCCUCAUCUUAGUUGUCGAAUGCUAUCUUGCCUUCUGUGACAUUAUUUGGUCAGUGAACCAAUCUUUUCUCCCUGUUUUCUCAGUUCCUCUCUAUUUUGUUGGAAUCAGCAAACACAUAGAGAGUAUUUUGUGUCUUGAAUUCACCAACUCUUUGAAAACAAACUCCGACUUUAAAAAUCCUGGUCUUCAAUCUCACCCAUUAAUAGAAAAUCAAGAAUCAAAAGAAGUCCUCCUGGGUUAUAUUUUGUUUGCAGCUAUGAGACCGGAUGUCAAUGAUUACCUCUGUUAUAAGGAGUAUCCCCUGUCCUUUAAAGAGAGAAUGAGAACCUAUCUAAGGGAAAAUCAAGUCAAAUCAAUUCUGCAAGGCUUGCUUGAAAGUGACGAGCGAAGGAGUGGUAAUCAUUUGACUCAUUUUGACAUAGCUGUUGUAGAACUGGGAUUUAUAUUUGAUGUUGUUUACACAAAAGCUCAUUUCAUUUAUACUUGGAAAGGAUGCAUCCUGCGCCUCAUCAGCUUCACUCUUUCUAUUGGAACUCUGUUUUUCUUCAUCUUCCGGUUAGCAUUCGGGGGUUUGAUGCUGAACAAAAUAGCACCAGAUGAUGUUUUCAUAACAAUGUGCAUGUUGGUUGAAACUGUUGCACUGGAUACUUGUGCUGUGCUCUCAAAUCUUUGUUCUGAUUGGGCAGUAAUUUUAAUGUAUAACAACUGUUCGGCACCCAAAAUCCUCCAGUAUGUCUUGCAAUACUUUCCUUGCUUCUUAAGUCUACAGAAGAAGCGGUCAGCUUGGAUGGGACAAUUUGAUUUGUUGGAUUAUUGCUGGAAUUCUAGGAUGGUCCGGGUUUAUAGGUUUCUACAAAAGUACUGUAGCGGUGAUAUUCUUGAAAGUUGUCACAGGUUAAAGCAUACCAAGUUUGUGGAAGUUCCAAACCGUUUGAAGCCAAAAGAGGUUUACCAAAGUCGGCUAGAUUCCUUCUUCGUCCCAAGUGAUUCCUUUGAAGCAACAAGGGGGGAGAGGACGCUUGUUGAACUGGGGGAGAGAAUAUCUGAUAUACGUGCUGACCUCGAAUUUAGCAUCAAAAUCCACUUUGAUGCUAGCAUCAUAGCCUGGCACCUGGCCACAUGUAUUUGUUACCAUCAAGAUUCCCAGAACCCCAAUAAUGCUCGCAAUGAAGCCAUGAAGAUCAGCAAAUAUUUUUCAGAUUAUAUGAUGUAUCUGCUGGUCAUGCGGCCUGCUAUGCUACUGCCUGACGAUUGUAGGAGUUUCUCGUCGGAUUCUGCUCUUGAUAAGCUCACGGACCUUAUCUCAAAGGCAUCAAAUAAGGACGCUGCUGUGAAUUCACUGUUGCUGGACCAGCGCGAAAUCAGUGCCGAGACUGCAAUGGGGAAUCUGCCAAAAUAUGCGGGAUACCUGGCCACAAAAUUGAACCGAAACAGAUAUAAAUGGGAGCUGAUAAAGGCAAUGUGGAUUGAAAUGCUUCUUUAUGCAGCACAUUCGGACCAGCAUAUAAACCAUGUUAGGCAGCUGGGAGAAUACGGACGAGAAUUCAUUAGCAUAAUCUGGGUCAUGGGAAGCUAUCGUGUCAUACAAGAGGUGAUAGAGGAGGAGGAUUGUGUAAAGGAGGAGUAGCCAUUAUACUCUCAGACUUUGCUGAAGGGAAUUUAUGGGUGUUCAGUGUUCUUGUGUGUUUGAGAAAGUGUGCCAGUCUUGAUGCAAUUAGUAUCUUUGUUUCUUGUGCAGUCUUUUUUUUCGAUGGUGUGUUUCUUGUGUAAUCUAGCCCUUGGACUUGAAAUAAAUAUCAGACAAUUGU